AUCAAACAUCUACAUCUUCUUCUCCCUUACAAGUUCAUACACUCUCCAUUAGACUUUGCUUUUUCUCUCCCAUUAUUUUUCUUCUUCUCUCGCUCUGUAUUACCCUCGGCGAUGGCAACCCCAAAUUGUCGUUGUGGUGAAGUAGCAGUACUUCGAACUUCUUGGGCGGAGGCCAAUCCCGGACGUCGGUUUUAUGGAUGCAGAAAAUAUGGGGGUUCAAAUGCAUGCAACUACUUUCGUUGGGCAGAUCCAGCACUUGAUGAACAUGUGAAACAAGUAAUUCGUGGUUUGAACAGGCGAAUUCAUGAGUUGGAGAGGAAAAAUAGUCAUUCGUCUGUUUAUGAAGGAAGCAUGAAGUUGGGAGUCAUGAUUUUAGCAAUUUUCAUUGCAAAAAGUGUG